AUGGCUUCCAGUAUGAUGACUCAGGGUACUGGAGGUCUGAAAUGGUCUCGACAACUCCUUAGAGGCAUGUCUACCGAACAGUCAAUCUUAUUUUUAUUACGAUUAUUUAUUUCUCUCAUUGCAUCAAUAUUAUUAUUAACUACUAUUGUUAGUCCAUUUUCAAAUCAAAGUAGUUAUGUUAUGAAGAUAAGUUGUGGUCAUAUAGAUGUUCAAGCUGGUUUAUCAGCGUCAUUAAAGCAUUCUUUGGAAUAUACAAAUAAUCCUUCAAGUGACUCGGAUUAUAGUGGUAUCCCAUUUGAUUCAUCAUUAACAAGUUCAGCAAUUCAACUUAUUAGUCAAUAUUCAGCAGAUGCAAUUGAAGAUGCACCUCAAUAUAUCACAAUAACAUUAUGGAAUUGGUGUUCAACUAAUUAUAAUAUAUCAUCCACUAAUGAAAAAUCACGAUAUAAUGAAGUUAGUGUUUGUACUAAAGCUAAUCAGAGAACUCUCGUUGAAUAUCGAGAAAUUCUUGUUGAAGUAGGUCUUUCCCCAAUUCUACUGUAUGCAUUUCAAACUUCUAAUUAUUUAGAUCAAUCUUAUACAAAUGCUCUGAAUAGAAGACAUGCAAGAUAUACAUUUUUUGUACCUGGAUUAGCUACAGCAACAGGAUUACAAAUAAUUGUAUUAAUUUUAGUGAUUUUGUUAUAUUUAAAAGAUAGAACUUUAAGAAGUAAAACAUCAAUAUUAGUUCUGAAUUUAGUAGCUAUAAUUUCUUUAAUAUCAUUUAUUUGUUUAUCAUUAGCUGUUGGACUUAUUACUAGUGUUAUUGCAUCAAUUAAAGCAAAAUUUAAUACAAGUUUAAAUUCAUUUGGAAUAUCAGUUCAUUCAGGAAGAUUAUGGUUCCUGACCCUUUUUGUUGGACUUUUCAUAAAUUUAAUUUCUACUCUUGUGUGGGUAAUACCAUUAUGGUGUGCUAAUCCAAGUCCUGAAAAAACUGGGAUUAGAAUUAGUAGUCGUCAAACAUAUCAAAAUAUUCGAGUUAAUUCACUGACAUCACUUCAAGAAGGAAAUAAUGAUAUUGAUGAUGAAAUAGAUACUCCACCAAGAAUUAAUCAUAAAGAUAGUGAACAAGAAUUAAAAAAAUUAGGUGCUAUGGUUAAUCAUAGUGGACGUUAUAGAGUUGAAUCAUUACAUUCUACUGAUCUUGAAUCAGGUCAAAAUGUAGAAUAUGCAGAAACAGUUUACAGUGGAUAUGAUGCUAAUAAUCCAUUUUAUAGUAUACCAUUAAUUAGAGGAGAUUUCCCAUCAACAGUUGGUAGUAGUUCUAAUUCUCGUUAUAAUACUAGCAAUAAUAGCAAUAAUAAUAAUAAUAAUAAUCAUAAUAAUAAUAAUAAUAAUAAUCAUAAUAAUAAUCUCAUCCCAAGUUUAGAUGUUGAACUUGAAGAAAUUCAAAUUGAUACUGAUGCUGGCUCAUCACAACCAAGACGAAGACCUGCACAAACGCCAUUUCUGCCACUGUCUUAUUUAAAUAGAGCUAUAACAGAAUCUCUGGAUCCUUCCCCCGCACAGCCCUUUGAUUCAAGCAAAAUUAUGAGAAAUUAA